AUGGCAUUCAGACGAGAGAUCACCUCCCAGUUAAGGAUCAUGAGACUCGACAUCGAGGAGCGUCCUGGCUUAUGGCCGUCCAUGCACGUUGGCCCUACUGGUUCCGUGAAAGAAGCUGACGAUAGCUGGUCCCAUCCCUUAGUAGAGCCUAGGAAUAAGGAUUGGCCAAGGAUCGUCAUUGAGAGUGCGGUAGCAGAAUCAAUGCCUAGACUCCGUCAAGGUGCCUCCUGGUGGAUAAAUAACUCUAACGGGCAAGUGCAGAUCGUGAUCUUGAUCAGUGUGCACAAGGACAGUAAGCGCAUAGUAUUUGAAAAGUAUUUCCCAAAACCCAGUGUUCCUUUCAACACCGGAGCGCAAUUUAGGACAGCCUAUAUUCCAGACCUGAUUGCAACUACUGAAGUGUGCUAUGGAGAUGACCCUCCAACUGUCCGAGGCCCUUCGGUCACGCUGGAGUUUCAGCGCUUAGUGGGUAGAAAACCGGUGUUGUCUGAGAAAGAUGUCAUAUUGUGGCCAGAGCUGCUCUUGGAAAUUGCUGAAGACAUCUUUGAACAUGACGGCUUUCCCCCGCUCAGACUGGCACGGUACAGCGCUCCCCAUAUGUUAACCUCUCAUCUGAAUAGUGGAGGCGCCCAUACUCCUAAUGCUCGUUAG